ACCACUGACAAGCACUUCAGCAUAAGAUGGGCGCCACUCAACGUUCCUCUCCAGCGUCGCCUCCAGACAGGAAUGGUCCUCGUUCACACCCUUUGCAUCGCCCUCUUCCUCGCCGCCUUCUUUGUCCUCUGCGCCGUUCCUGUCCUUUGGCCCUUGCUGCUACCCUACCUCCUCUACGUCCUCUUCUCCAAAGCCGGCACCUCUGGCUCGCUCAGAUAUCGUUCCGAGUGGCUGAGACGUCUCCCGGUCUGGUCGCUCUUCGCUUCAUACUUCCCUGCCCGUCUCCAUCGUUCGCAAGAGCUGCCUGCCACCCGCAAGUACGUCUUCGGUUAUCACCCGCAUGGUAUCAUCAGCCACGGUGCCUUUGUUGCCUUUGCGACCGAAGCUCUUGGCUUUUCUCAGCUGUUCCCAGGCAUCACAAACACUCUCCUUACCCUCGACUCGAACUUCCGCAUCCCGUUGUACCGCGACUAUGCCUUGCGUCUGGGUCUCGCCUCGGUCUCUCGUGAGAGUUGCGAAAACAUCCUCUCCAAGGGUGGUCCCAAUGGCGAGGGCAUGGGUCGUGCUAUCACUAUCGUCGUUGGUGGUGCUCGCGAGUCACUAGAUGCUCAGCCCAAUAGCUUACGUCUUGUGCUUGCUCGUCGCAAGGGUUUCGUCAAGCUCGCCAUUCGCACGGGCGCCGAUCUCGUCCCCGUGCUGGCAUUUGGCGAGAACGAGCUUUACGAGCAGUUUGAUCCUCAGGCACACCCCACCAUCCACAAGUUCCAGCUGCUGGUCAAGAAGGCUUUGGGUUUCACGGUACCCCUCUUCCACGCACGUGGGGUCUUCAACUACGAUGUUGGCAUGAUGCCUUACCGACGCCCACUCAACAUCGUCACUGGUCGUCCCAUAAAUGUACGCAAGCAGGAACGCCCUGACUCCAACUACGUUGAUGAGAUCCAUGCACAAUACGUGGACGAGCUGAAGCGUAUCUGGGAUGAGUGGAAGGACAUUUUCGCCAAACACCGCGAUGGCGACCUCGAGAUCGUCGAGUAA